AUUAACGAUCAAGCUCAUCGAUUGGCGAACUUAUUGUGACCAAGCAAGGAUUAGUUAGAAGUGGUAAUUCCUAGUUUUUUUAAAAGCCUUAGCUCUGGUCACCUUUGGCUCUCCACGUAAAAUAAAGUUGCAAUUUAGACAAAGCAAAACAAAGUAAACAAAACAAUAUGUUACCAUGAAAUAUGUCAGUCGAGGAUUAUUAUAAAUUAUUCAAUUUAUAAUUGCAUUUAAUCAAUUUGUUAACUUUUCAACAAUUAUCAAAUGCAACAUUGCACAUGCAGUAAAUAAUUGGAUCAUUCAAUAUGAGAAGAAUGUGUCCGACAUUUCCAUAGAAGUUAAUUUGCAAAUUUCGUAUUCGUAUUUUGUAUCUAUAACGAGAAUAAACUUAUUUGAGUGAUAAAUAAAUCUUGUGCUAAACAUGUAAAUAUUUUUAGAAGAUUUUGGUAGUUUGAAACGUCUAAAUAAAAAAAUAAUUCAUACCGAAAGAAACCAAAUGCCAGCAAUAGCUUUGCGAAAACGUUAGGAACCCUCUAUGUUUGGAAUGGAUUUACGUGGUAAAGUAAGUUACAUAAAGUUUCCAUUUUCCGUGAAGCGUAAAGCCGAUAUAUUAAAAUAUUGCUUGAAUACCAACAUUUCACUGCUAUUUUUAUAAUUAUUCAAUAAAACAUUUAAAAACUUCGGACUUAAAUUAAGGACAGCAUUGAAGUAGAGCUACAGUUUGAAAUACCUGAUAAUCAUGAAUAGUGAGUUAUUUGAAUUGCCAUAAAAUAAAUGGAGAAAUUUCUCUCAAAUCUAAUUUUAGUGGAUUAAGUAAUAUUAGGACAGGAGAUAAUUGUUAAAUGUUAAAAACUUUUGAGUAACUCCAAUAAUUAUUCAAUAAUUUGAUGAAAUGAAAAUCUAAAUGUCGACUACCGCUCUUCGCGGUUCUCAUGAGUUGAUGCUCUUUUGGUAGUUUUGGUUAUCAGACAUUGUCAAACUGUGAAGUUUGUGUUUACAUUUUGAGAGUUUAUCCAGCAUUCGAACAUUCGGUAUGGCAGAAGAAUCAGCACCAGUCGCCGCUGCAGCCGCAGCCAGCCCGAAGAAAGGAAAGAAAGCAGCAGGUGGACCGAAGAAACCCAAGUCAAAACCAACUCAUCCCCCAACUUCUUCGAUGGUGAACGCCGCUAUCAAGUCUUUGAAAGAACGUGGAGGUUCAUCCCUUCCUGCCAUCAAGAAAUACUUGGCAGCCAACUACAAAGUUGAUGUCACCAAAUUGGCUCCUUUCAUCAAGAAGUAUGUGAAGAGCGCUGUUGCCUCUGGAAAAUUGGUGCAAACCAAGGGAAGUGGUGCCUCAGGUUCAUUCAAACUCCCAGCUAAGGAGAAGACGGAAAAGGCGGCUAAACCGAAGAAGGCAGCAGCAAAGAAACCUAAAACCGCUGCUAAACCCAAAAAGGCGGGAGAAAAGAAAGCAGCUAAACCGAAGAAACCUGCAGCAGCGAAAAAGGCAGCAUCAGGUGCCGCUAAAGCAGCAAAGAAAUCUGGAACUGUAAAGGCCAAGGCACCAAAGGAGAAGAAAGCGAAAGCCCCAAAAGUAGCUAAAAAGGCACCAAAACCAAAGAAGGCAUCUGGAGCAACAAAGAAAGCGGCUCCCAAAAAGACAGCCGCCAAGAAGUAGAGUUGAUUUCUAUUUCAUUGAGGAUUCUUCACAAACCACAACAGUCCUUUUCA